AUGGUUGAUAACGGAGAAGUGAUAGAUGAGAGCGCAUUGGAUGUUCUACUUCAGGAAUUGAGCGAGGACUUGCCAGCUGAUGUGAAGUCGCUGUUAGACAGGCCUGAGAUGCACACACAAAUGUUACAAUAUUUGAAUGAAAUCAGUUCGAUCGGGUCCAACGAUUAUCUUUCUUCAGUUCCACCAACACCUGCUGCUAAUAGUGACUUGAAUGCAUUGGAAGAAAGAACAUUGGUCCAGGAUAUUGCUGAGCUUGAGGCUAAACAAAGGGCAAUUGAUAAUAAUUUGAAAUCUUUAAUAACAAAAUCUCAAUCAUCAAUAAUAGAUAAUGAAAUUGGAUUAAAACAAGCUUAUAGUUCAUUUGAGCAAGAGUUUGUACAUGACACCAAGGCUCUAUGGAGAUCUUUCAGAGAUGAUGAUAUAAGUGAUUUUAAGGAUGAUCAAGAAUUACAUGAAUUAGAAAUUGAUCUUGAUCCAAAUUCUAAACAAGAUUCAUUCCAACAAACUAUUGAGAAUAUCAAAAAUAUUCAACCUAGUGAAGUUGAAAAAAAUAAAAAUUUAUCAGUUGUUUUACAAAAUAUGGAUCAAAUUGUUGUUAUAUUAGAAUUACCUUCAUUGGCUGGUGCAUGUAUAAAAGCAGGUUAUUACUCAGAAGCUCUCGAGAUUAGUUCAUAUACCAGAAGACUGGCUAUAAGAUUCCCACAAAGUGACUUAAUUAAAGAAGUUGAAACUGCAGUUCAAUCAGAAAUGUCAUUAAUGCUCACAGGUCUUAUAAGGUUAUUAAGAACAAAUUUAAAACAAUCAUCAAUUAUAAAAAUUUCAUCAUAUCUAAGAAGAAUUCAACCUUUUAGUCAAAGUGAGGCAAUUGAUGAACAAUUGAAAAGAAUUUUAUUACAUUCUCGUUAUCAAUUUAUUCAAAUUGAAUUAGAAUCAUUAAAACCUUUGAAACAAAGUGAAUUAUUUGAAAAAUAUUGUAAAAGAAGUAUUGAAGUGAUCAGAGAGCAUUGUUUUGGUUCAAUCAUGACUUAUAGAAAUAUUUUCCCAGAUUCAAAUGAACUUGAAGUAGAUUUAGUGGAUGUGGGAAAAAUUAUAGAAGAAGAAGAUGAUGAACAAGUUGAUGAAAUAAGUAAAAAGACUGAAGAUAUUGAACUAGAAGAUAAUAUAGAGAUCAAACAAGAGCAAAAUGAAGAAACGCUGGCUAGAGAUACGUCCGAGAUUACACCCAAUGGUAUAGAGACUAAUAAUAAAGAUCAAAAGGAUGAUAAAGAAGUUGAGGAUUCAAAUAAAGAUGAAGCUGAAGAAGGGUCUGGCGGUAAAACAACUAAAUCGGAAGCCAAAGCUAUCACAGAAGAACCAAAUUUAGAAGGUGAACCAAGAGAAGAGGUGACAGAAAACGAAUCAAAUGAAGAACAAAUCACAAAUACCAACUCCGGCUCAAACUCAAACUCAAACUCAAAUACAACACCAAUAAUUCCAUUAAUUAAAAACGGUAAGAAAUCAAACAUCUUGUUAUUUGAAUUUGUUCAAAACGUCUUACUGGAAUUGGUCAAAAACUUACAAUCUUCAAUAUUACAAAUAAAUGAAAAAUCAAUUCGAGAUGGUCUUUAUUUACAAUUAAUUUAUUGUUCUCAAAGUUUGGGUAGAAUUGAUGAAAAUUUUAGUGAUUUGAUGACAAUUACUUUAUUAAACACCAAGAAUGAAGAAACCCAAGAAUUUAUAAUUGAUAGACCGGCAUGGAUUAAAUCAAUUUUCAAACAACAACAUUUAGCUAAAACUUUAAAUAGAUGA